CCCGAAUCUAAGAGGCCCACGUAGUUGCUCAUAGUGCGAACAUACUGUCGUUUUCCCUCCAAAACAUGAUAUAACCUUUCUUUUCUCGUCUGUAAUGGUUGUCGGUUCUUCAACAGCUUAAUUCUUGCGAUGGAAACCAUUUCUUUAGAUUCGGCUGCCCUCGAGCAGCUUCACGGCGAACAAAAAGCUCUCCUAGAUGCUAUCGAUGACCUUCGCAAGCAUGGCAUCGGUCGCUUCGUUGACCUUCCCCAGAUCAUCGUGGUUGGAGACCAGUCAUCAGGGAAAAGCUCUGUGCUUGAAGCUAUUUCUAGAGUACGCUUCCCCGUCAAAGACGGCCUAUGCACAAGGUUUGCAACAGAACUCGUUCUUCGUACCGACAGCCAAACCAAAGUCGAUGUGCGCAUACUGCCAAUUUCGGGUUCCAAUGGGGAAACCAAACAAUUCGAUGAGAAGUCCUUCAACAAAGAGGAUCUACCUCGUAUUGUGGAAGAGGCUAAGAAAAAUAUGGUCUCGGGCGAUGCUGGCUUCUCCGAAGAUGUUCUUAGAAUUGAAAUAAGCAGCCCCGACGUCCCUCAUCUGACCAUGGUUGAUCUCCCCGGCUUUUAUCACUCGGAGGACGAAAAUCAAUCUGCCGCCGGUCGAGAGAUUGUCGAUCGCUUAGCGGAGAGGUAUAUGCAUCGCAAGAACAGCAUUAUUCUUGCCGUCAUCUCAGCGCGCAAUCAGGUCAUAUUGCAGAAAGUUUUAUCCAAAGUCAAGGAGCACGACAAAGAUAAGGAGCGUACCCUUGGCAUUAUCACGAAACCAGAUAUUCUUAUACCUGAUACUCAAGACGAAGCAAACUUCGUCAGGUUGGCCAAAAAUCUUGAUAAUUCGCAUAAGCUGUCAUUAGGAUGGCACGUUCUCCGGAACCGAGGCGAAAUGGAAGCCUCUGACACUGACGAAGAGAGAGACGAGAAAGAGGCUAAGUUCUUCGAGACGGGUCUUUGGUCUAGUGUCCCUUCGAAGAAUAGGGGCGUGGCAGCUCUUCGAAAGAAACUCAGUGGCAUCCUUCUUCAGCACAUCAAGAAGAAUUUGCAAGGGUUGAUCGAUAGUAUCGAAGAGAAUCUCAACGAUCGUAAAGCUCAACUCCAGCGCCUAGGCGAGCCAAGGUCUACUCCAAGGGAGCUAAGGAGGCACCUAGACAAAAUCGCCUCUCAAUUCCAUGUCCUGUGUUUAAACGCAGUAGAAGGAAACUAUGCGGAUGAGUUCUUCGGCGGCUUAUACUCCGUAACUAGUUCGGGAAAAAUAAAUAAGAACAGGAUUAGAAAGCUUCGGGGACUUGUACGUGAUUUAAACCGCGCGUUUGCCUACGUAUUAGAAACCAAAGGCUCGAGGCGCAUCAUCCUCCCCAAGGAUCUUACGAACCGGGACAAUUCAUCGAAACCCGACGAUUCGACCCCAGAUGGGUUAUUUGGAAAAAUCACUGAAAAGUUCACAUUGCCGACGUUUCUUCAGGCAUUGGCUGAUCAAUACCACUUCGUGGAUCCAGAAAAGGUCACAUUCCAAAAGAUAGCCUCCGAGCUAGAAGCUCUCUCCUCCGCCAACCAGGGCAAUGAGUUUCCUGGUACCUCAAACGACCGCUUAGCCGUGAAGCUUUUUCAAGACCAAGCUAAACCUUGGGAAAAUAUUACACGUCGCCAUUUACAACUUGUAUUAGGGAUAACAAAGGCAUUCGUUGAAAAGCUCAUUGGCCAUCUCGUCAAUCCAGACAAAAGGACCUUCUCGGCAAUCCUCGUUGAGAUAGUAGAUCCAUUCUUCGAAGAAAAGUCCACCAUACUUGAAAACAAACUCCAAGAGCUUCUCCGUCACUACAAGAGCGGGAAUCCCCAGCCUUUAGACGCAGAGUUUAGGAUGCUCCUUGCCAAGAGGCGCCAGAAGGACGUUGGGGUUGAUGUCGUCCGAGAUCUGAUGGCAAGCCGACCCGAGUUCUUUACGGAAGCAGCACGGAAGGAACUCGCAAAGCUAAGCCCGUUUAAAAAUACCAGUGAAUUUGGAGUGGACAGCUUGAUUGACAAGUCCGAAACUUAUUAUGAGAUGUCGCUUCGUACCUUCGUCGAUAAUGUAGUCGUUUUGGCCGUUGAGAACUGUCUUAUUAGUGAUCUUCCUUCGAUCUUGACUACAGCAAAGAUAAAUGAAAUGGAAGACAGCGAACUUGAGCGACUUGCCUCAGAGUCGCCGGAAGUUGAGACCGAGCGUAAUGAGCUACAAUCGGAAUAUGAAGCUCUCCAAAAGGGAUUGCGGAUCUGCAACAAGUUCAAGGAGCGGAAAACAACGGCUAUGCAUUCGAUAUUAGUCAAAUCGGAGGUGCCUGCGAAAACCACCAAUGCACCGAAUACUCCCUCUAAUCCUCAAGCGGCACCAGCUAGCUACCCACAGCAAACCCCCCCAGUAUUAUUUAGGGGAUUUGGGGAACAGAAUCUUGCCAGCCAACCCCAAAGUUCUUUCCCGUCAUCCAUGACCUUUGGGGGUGCUUUUGGUACUAGUCUAUUCGGAAACAGUUCCACAACAGCCGUUUCCCCAGGAUCAUCUACGCUCGCGAACCCAUCCUCGUCUACGUCUCAAAGCCCGGCAUUCGGCACGACCAACGGGUUAACUUCGAUAACCUCAUUGUUCAGCCCUGCAAGCACGACAUCACCAUUGUUCGGCUCCAAGAACACGUCGGGGUUUGGGUCCUCCCAAACCUCUUCAACCGCAUCCACAACACCGGAGAAAUGAAUAGACUGGAGCUACCUCCCGUCCGGAGAGACUCCAUUUGUGGAACCUUUAUUAACUAGUAUUGGUUGCUGGUCUGGCCAAAAAGACCUCAUGAAGCACAUAUGUGCUCAACCUCCAUAUGAAAGGUUCUCAGCGGAGGAACUGAGAUGUUUUUCAUUGGACAUCAAGCCGUAGUCAUAUCUAGGUAUAGAUAAAGA